GAACAAAAAAAAAAAAUGAGACAAGGAUCUCAUGUUAUCGUCUUACCAUUCCCUGGACAAGGCCACCUAACUCCAAUGUCCCAAUUCUGCAAACGCUUAGCCUCAAAAGGUCUUAAGUCCACUCUUGUCCUCGUCUCCGACAAACCUUCUCCACCUUACAAGACAGAGCAUGACGACUCAGUUACUGUCUUCCCCAUCCCUAACGGCUUCCAAGAAGGCGAGGACCCGUUCCAAGACCUAGAUGAUUACAUCGAAAGAGUACAAGCCAGCAUCAAAACCCACUUACCAGAGCUGAUACAAGACAUGAAACUCUCCGGAAAUCCUCCUAAGGCUCUCGUCUACGACUCCACCAUGCCUUGGCUUCUUGAUAUAGCUCAUGGUCAUGGUUUGAAAGGUGCCGUGUUUUUCACGCAACCUUGGCUUGUCUCGGUCAUUUACUACCAUGUUAACAAGGGAUCUUUCUCCGUACCGGCUACAAAGUAUGCUCACUCGACGUUGGCGUCUUUUCCUUCGUUUCCUAUGCUGAGUGCUAAUGAUUUGCCGUCUUACCUCUGUGAAUCGUCCUCUUACCCGAAUAUGCUAAGGAUUGUGAUCGAACAGCUCUCAAACAUUGAACGAGUCGACUUACUUUUGUGCAACACUUUCGAUAAACUGGAAGAAAAGUUGUUGAAAUGGGUCAAAAGCAUGUGGCCAGUCUUGAACAUUGGACCAACGGUUCCAUCGAUGUAUUUAGACAAGCGACUGUCUGAAGAUAAAAGCUACGGAUUCAGUCUCUUCACUCCAAAAUCCGCUGAAUGCAUGGAGUGGUUAAACUCAAAGCAGCCUAACUCAGUUGUCUAUGUAUCUUUUGGAAGCUUAGUGAUUCUAAAAGAAGAUCAAAUGAUGGAGCUCGCACAAGGUCUGAAAGAGAGCGGAUGUUUCUUCUUAUGGGUUGUGAGAGAUACAGAGUUGGACAAGAUUCCAAGAAACUACGUAGAGGAAAUAGGUGAGAAAGGAUUGAUUGUGAGCUGGAGCCUUCAGCUUGAUGUUCUUGCGCAUGAAUCUGUGGGUUGUUUUUUGACACAUUGUGGAUGGAACUCGAUGUUAGAAAGUUUGUGUUUGGGAGUUCCAAUGAUUGGUAUGCCUCAUUGGACGGAUCAGCCAACGAAUGCUAAGUUUAUGGAGGAUGUGUGGAAGGUUGGGGUUAGGGUAAAAGCAGAAGGUGAUGGGUUUGUGAGGAGAGAUGAGUUUGUGAGAUGUGUGGGACAAGUUAUGGAAGGAGAGAAAGGGGAGGAGAUGAGAAGGAGUGCUGAGAAGUGGAAAGUGUUGGCUCUUGAAGCUGUUUCUGAAGGAGGUAGUUCUGAUAAGAGCAUCCAAGAGUUUGUUUCUAUGUUUUGUUAAAGGAGAUGUUAGAAAGUAAUUGUCCACUGUAAAAUUAUUUACUGAAUAGUAACAUUAUGCAUAUAUAUAUACAACUUGCAUUAAGAUCUCCACUAAUUAUUUUCUACUGUUAGUUGUCGUCAAAUUUGUUUUGUUUUGGGUUAACUAAGAUGUUAUUGUUCAAGAUGUGAGCGCUAUGUUUUGAAUUCUCUGUAUGUGCUAUGUGAUUAAAGGACAUUUUUAAUCAUAUUUGCUUUCAAUGAUUGACUU